CCCAGCAAACACUUCAAUUCAAUUCAAACAAUCAAUCAAACACUCGCCACAGCAAUCACCUGCACAGAAAAAAGGGGAAAGAUGGUGAGCAAAACAGAGGAAGAACAAGUGAAUAGAUUGGAAAACCAAGUGGAGAAUGGGGGAGGCGGCGCGUGGGAGUACCUCUGCCUCGUCGGAAAGCUCAAGCUUCGCCGGUCGGACAGGGUCUUGAAAUACGGCUGCUCCAUUCUCAACGACCCCAAAAAGCGAUCUGCACUCGGCCCAGAAGAAUGGACUUUAUAUGAGCAAGUUGCUGUUGCAGCCAUGGACUGCCAACGUCUUGAUUUGGCUAAGGAAUACGUCAAGAUUUUACAGAAGAAAUUUCCAGAGAGUAAACGAGUUGGCAGGCUGGAAGCAAUGUUUCUCGAAGCUAAGGGAAUGUUAGCAGAGGCUGAAAAGGCUUACUCGAACCUUUUAGAAGAAAACCAAUUUGAUCAGAUAGUACACAAGAGAAGGGUGGCUAUUGCAAAAGCGCAAGGGAAUCUUUCUGGGGCAAUUGAAUGGUUAAACAAGUACCUUGAAAUAUUCAUGGCAGAUCAUGAUGCAUGGAGAGAGCUAGCUGAAAUUUAUGUCUCUCUACAAAUGUAUAAGCAAGCUGCCUUCUGUUAUGAGGAACUGAUCUUAUCUCAGCCAACCAUUCCAUUAUAUCAUCUCGCCUAUGCUGAUGUUCUAUAUACACUUGGAGGACUCGAAAAUCUUCACGCAGCAAAGAAAUAUUAUGCAGCAACCAUAGACUUGACAGGCGGCAGGAAUCCCCGAGCUCUCCUCGGCAUAUGCUUAUGUGUUUCUGCUAUCAGCCAGCUGGCGAAAGGGCGUAACAAAGAAGAUAAAGAAAGCUCGGAACUUCAAUCGCUCUCAGCACAAGCACUGGAGAAAAUUUAUAAGCAGCAAUCCCCGGCCAAACUUUCUCUUGUCAGUUCCAUGUUGAGAAGAUUGAAAGUCUCGUCGUGAAUGCCAAUGUGUUGUUUGGGUUACCAAAAAUAACGACUCCAUGAUAGGAACCGAAAACGGCUAUACUUGUGUAACUUUAAGCUCUCUUGUUUGCAACUAAUUUUUUUUGUAUCAGCAGACUAAUUUGAACUUGGUAGUCAGAGAUCAAGAUACUUUAGACCAAUGCAAUAAUAUUUUUGCCCAAAGCUGAGAAUUGAGAUAUUUUAAGCCGAGUGUAUUGUUACAUUUACCAGAAGUGAUAUUUUACAUUAAUUUUCUGAAA